CUGCUUCCUCUUCGCACUUCCUUCGCCAUUCUCACUCUCGCAUCGUCGAUUUUCACCGUGCUCGCUCUGCUCUCAUCCCGCCCGCGCUUUAGCGUUCCUGUGUUCCUAGACUCAAUUACUGUGUGUGUAUUGUGGUAGCACCCGUGACUGUGGGAACGUGAGCUGGAUUUGGUGGUUUACGUAAUUUCAGGUUGAUAUUGGAGUUCUAGGGGCUUUCUUCUUAGAGUUGUGUCUGGGAGGCGUGAUUGGAAGGGGUUUUAAUGGCUGCCGUUGAGCCCACCCCUGUGGUUGAUCCUGCCUCUGAUUUAGCGGUGGUAGAAAAGCUCCCCGUGGAGGAGGUGGAGCCUCGACAGGCGUCUAAAGGGAAGAAGGUCAAGAUGGAGAAGGAGAAAAAAGUGAAAGAAGCUAAGGUCAAAGAGCCCAAGGCUACCUCAGAGAAGGUUCCGAAGUUGGCUGCGUCUCACCCUACGUACAUGAUGAUGGUUGUGGAAGCCAUUGGCGCUUUGAAGGAGAGGACUGGGUCUAGCCAAUAUGCCAUUGCGAAGUACUUGGAAGACAAGUAUAAUACAGGGCUGCCCCCCAACUUCGAGAAGACUCUGAGUACUCAGUUGCGUAAUUUGAGUAAGGCCGAGAAACUGGUUAAGGUGAAGAACUCAUUCAAACUGUCGAACGAGUUGAAGAAGCCUUCGAAACCGGUAAAAGCUCCGAGCGCUCCACAGGCAGUGGUGAAGGUUGCGCCGAAAGCCAAGGCCAUCAAGAAGCUUGUGGCUCGUCGCGUGAAGACGAAGAGCGCCGGAGAGGGUGCUGCCAAGUCCAAGGCACCAAGUGCCAAGGUGAUCAAAGGCGCUGAACCACAGGCCAAGGCGACGAAAACUGGAAAGAUGAAGUCUGGCAGCAAGGCAGCUGCAGCAGCACCGAAAAAAGCCGUGGCCAAGACAUCCGUAUCUGCUAAGAAGAGUACGGCGACUGCGAAGAAAAUGAUCCCAUCAGCGGUUGCGAAGAAGCCUGUGACGGUGAGGAAACCACCGACAGUACGCAAGAUGACCACGCCGAAAAAGGUCCCGAAGUCGGUGAAGGGUGCGAACGCAGGUGUGAAGGCGAAGGCAGUGAAAGCGGUGGGCACUCCAGCAAAGAAGGCCAGGAAAUGAGAAGGGUGACUCGUGAUGAUGACCGAACUGGUGUUCAUGAACACCACCAUGUGGAAGGAAUGGUCGACCCCGUGCAUAAUAGCUUACUGGAUUGUGAACGCGAACUGCUGGUGUUUUUUUAGGUGCAGUUACGACUUUUAAAUCAGGUAUAUCAGGUUGGCGGGGAGCGAAGAUGAUGCAGGGUUUGUUGGGGUGCCUCGAAAGCUCUUUCGAAUGUCAUGCAGGGAUGAAUGGGGGUUUAAUGUGCUGUGAUUGCCUGAUGCCGAAGUUAGUCGUAGUGUUUGGUUGUUUCUGUUUGAUGGCAAUGCAUGUGGUUCGAAUUGAGCUAGUUUGGAGUCGAUGUGUCUCAGAACUGAUGCUUUUGUUCUAAAGUGGAUCUGCAGAUAGCUGAGAGUUUGGGUUCAGGUUCGAACUCUUCGUGGCGCUUGAAGCUCAACCUUGCCACAUUAUUGUGCCUUGAAAAGUAAUUUUGGCAGCAUCAAGGGAACGAGUUGUGAUGCCAAGAUAUUUAAAUGAUCGUCACAAAUAUUACAUGAAAUUGUUGAGGAGGUUGAUGAAUGUAGAAGUUAGUGUGAUUCACACAAUUUUUUUAAAAGAGUUCUAGAGAUUAAGAGCUUUUUAACGUCUACAAUAUUUAUUAUACUAAUCAGCAGUAGUGAAAGUAGUUGCAACCUAGUUUUUACAAUUUCGGAUUCUUUUAGAGAAUUUGAAUAUUGCAUUUUGAGUUUUUUAGGCUUGUUGUUUUGCAUGUGAUAAAUAUCAAAAUCACACAUUUUUAAACAAAAGAGACGUGCAAUUUUGUUAUCUGAAAGGUGUUUUAUGUAAUUUA